AUGGGUGACCAGUCACCGACGACUCCUGAACCCGCAGGCAAUUUGGUACAAAUGCCGAAAGAGUACACUUUUUGGUCGCUUAAAUUGCUGCAGCUGCGACUAGCAUAUUCGAGCCCUCUAGAAUCCUCGACGCAUGAGGGAUCCGCUCAAUAUCCGAUCAUUCAGGCAUCUGCUGCGCCUGGACCAAGAUCUACCACGAAUGUGCUGGCCGCGUUGACCUCAUUAAUGGAGUUCAUGCCGCAGGAGGAAGAAUUUAGAGCGAAUCUCGAGAGGGCGAUUACCCUCCUGACCCAGCGCAACGAGCUACUGGUCGUUGUGAAUUCGGAUCCAGACGUUGAGUUCUUCGAGCUGCAAUCGAAGGCCGAUUCGAUGCAAGCAAGUCUCAAACGCAAUAUUGAUCGCCAUCCUCGCCGACAAGAAGAAAAAUGA